CGAGGGGGCGGGCCUAAGCGCCACUGGCCGCGCUGAUUGGCGGAGGCCGGGAGGGGGUCGCGGAGGGCUGAGGCGGCGGCGCGGGCUGCAGGCGACACGACACACCCCACCCCACCCCCAGGCUGUAAGACACCGACUCCUCCGAUUCCCACCGUCAGGCGAGGAGCUGGGAGCAGCCUCUCAGGAUGGGAGGCCGGCGGUCUCCGUUAGAACCGGGAACACCGUGCCAGGCAGAGUUAUGGGGUGACCUCGGGGUGCUCGAAGAGGAUGAGGAGCUGGAGGGUUUCAGGCGGGAGGUGGAAGUUCUGCGUGAGAAGCUGAGGGAGGCUCUCAGUCAUACAUCUGGUAACAAAAGGCAGUCCAGUUCUUUGACCGACCUCACCUCGGACAGUACCUGGGAUCAGCAAAAGCCUCACUUAUUUCCUAAAUCCCGCUUGAGGCCAAAAAGUGCUUCAUCUCCCUGGAUUCCUUCCAUCACCAUCCCUCAGCCUUUCAAAAUGACACUGCGGGAAGCUCGCAAAAAGUCUGAGCUGAUGAAGUCAUACAUGUUUCUUGAACUAGACAAACAGAGAGACAAAAGGCAAAGCCAGGAUGAAGCCGAAUGUCAGAAACAAUUCCGGGCACAGCCUGUACCUGCCCAUGUGUUUCUGCCCCUUUAUCAGGAAAUAAUGGAGCAGAAUGAGAUUCGCAGGCAAACAGCAAUGCAGAAAAGAAAGGAGCUGCUACUUUCAACACAGCGGCCCUUCAGUUUCCUGGAGAAGGAGGAGAAAAAGAAAGAAGCUAUCAGACAAAAAUUCCUGUCAGCAGCCACCCCAAAUGAGAGCUCCAAACAGAAGCAAGACAGUAAAAAAGUUCCUAAAUCUACUUACCACCCACUUCUUGGAAAUAAACUCAAAGAAGCUGAACUCUACAGAGAAAUCCGCAUUCAAAUGAGAGCAAAGGAUUUGCUUGAGAGCUCAGUGGCUCCAAUAGACACCAGCAACUGUCGGAGGGAGCCUCAGUCCCGAACUGCCACCAAAACCAAGCAGGAAAGGCUUGGCUUCUUGCAGGACAAAAGUUUCAGCUUCAAGCCAAGGAUUAAUCCAACAAUACCGGAUUUUGAAGAACUUUACUGGGCAUUUCAGAAGGAAGCAGUAAGGAGACAAGAAAUCAAAGAGCCAACUCGUAAUAAGCCAUUCAAGCUAAGAACCUCCAAUCUCCGUGCCAGGCAGAGGCAGGCUAAUGAAAAGAUAAAGGAUUCUGAGAAGCUUUCCAAGGUUUCAGUGGAAAGAAGUCAUUCUCUGACCAGACUUUCUUCUCUCUCUUCCAACACCCUUCCAGUGCAUAUUACCGAUGCAACUAGAAGAAGGGAAUCUGCUAUUAGACACUCCCAAGUUAACAAAAAGGAAGGGGAUAAAGAAGGAAUUAAUUGGCUGGAGAAACAGAAAAUGAAAUGUCAAGCUAUGCAGAAGUCAGUGAACAGCCGAGCAAAAGCACUGGAUCCUCAUAAAAGUCUGGAGGAAACACACAAGGAGAAGUCGAAACAGAACCGGCAAAACAUGAGAGAGAGAACAAAAGAAUACAGAAAGGAGCUGGAAGAAAUGCAGCUGCGAGUCAAGAGCAGACCAUACCUCUUCGAACAGGUCACCAAGCAUGAUGCUCGUCAAGGAGCAGAACGUCGCUACAGAAACACUCUCCAGCAGGUUGGCCUGAGCGAAGAAUUUGUAAGAAGAAAAGGGAAAAAUGCCACUAACUUGCUGGAAGAAGAAUCUGAUGUACACAGAGUGCCCAAGCCUCCGGGUGAAAAGGACGACUGUACUGUACAGGAAGGAGUACCUCAGGAGGAACAAAGCAGAAAGGAACCAGCAGCAUAAGAGCUAGCAGAAGAAUCCAUUGAUCAUCUCUUGAUUUUUUAAAUCCAGGAUUCUCCAGGUUAAUCCUCAGGAAUUUAAUGGUUUAAGCUGACACCUAAGAAUGGCUCUGGGGUAAGUGAGAUGGGAGAAUUUAGUAAAGAAAAAAAAGACCAACUGUUGUUUUGAGCAUGUCUUGUCCAACCCAGCAAAGCCUGCAGCCUCCCUUAGUCUUCACAAGUGUUCCUUGUGUGAGCCAUUUCCCUUUCUUUAAUGGGCAACAAGUUAAAAAGGUUGAAGCACUAUCUUUGGAUAAAAGUAGAUAUGAAAGAUUGAAGAGGUGCAUCCUCUAGUGUCAGCUCCUUGCAUUCAUGCCACAGAAGCAAUUGGAAGAGGAGAAUGCCCUUUAGUGUGCUAAACCUUGGUUUAGACAUAUGUGUGGUAGAAUGCUUCCAAACAAGGUACUUCUACAAAAACAAAUACCGGGAUUUGACCUACCUUGGGAGAAGACUCAAAAGGAAGUCUUUCUCUGGAGUUAACUCUUCGUUCAGUCACUAGUCCCUAGUAAGAAGCAAUAGUCUUCCUAUAUUAAAAAAUCUCCCAUAUUUCAUUAUUUGAAAGUGUUUUAACAUCUUACCAAUUUAAGUCAUUAAUUUGGCCCGAAACCCAAACAGAAUUAUAAAGAAGGUUGUAAUUAAACAGGGUAUCACUUUGAAUUGCUGUUGUCCUAAUUCUACUAUUACUGUGGUAUUAAAAAUGGAUUUUGUUAGAAGUAAGAUUAGGUAUUACCUGUCAGCAUGUUGCACUCAAAUGCCUGCACAUCUUGAAUGGUAUAUUUCACACAUUAGUGAUCUUCCUUUACCUGACAGUAAUAACCAUUUCAGAAGUAAAAAUCCUUGCCACCUGGAAUGUUUCCUGAGAAUUUUGCACUUUGAGAUUAAAAUAUUUUCA